UAAAAAUUUCUGAGAAGCUAAUUUCAAUAGCGUGUAAUUUCCGAACAAAACCCAUUUGAAGGUCUGAGGAAACAGAGAGAGAGAGAGAAGAGAGAGAGAAACCAGAACUCACACAGAGGAGGAGGAGGAGAGAGAGAGAGAGAGAGAGAGAGAGAGAGAGAGAGAGAGAAACUGAAAGAGCCCCCUUUUCUUUAUUGUAUCUAUCUGUGAGAUCUUGUCCUUCUACAUUGGCUACUUUGUAGUGGGCAAGGGUUUGGUCGGAUCGUCUGUGGGAACGGCUCUAAUCUUUGGAUUUGGACUGUUAGGGUUAUUAUCAAGACAGGUUGCAGAAUAAAGACGGAGAAUUUGGAUUGUUCAGGUGUCGCACGAAGUGGAAAUAGAGAUCGGAAGUGUGUUUGUAUGAUGGGAGAAAAUUUGGAUUGUCCCCUGAGCUGGGUUUGUGGUGUCUGUAGCUCUGGUGUCAAAUUGUUCAAACUAGUCAUUUUCGCACACUGAAUCUGCAUUGGGAGAUGGUGAAAAUUUUGGGUUUAUGGAUAUGGAAGAGGACUGCACUUUAAAUGUGUAGACGGUGAUACGGAAUUGAUAGUUUCUUCGUUUUGAGAUUGCGGCUUCUGUGGUUUUUACUACAGGAGCGUUUUUAUUUGAUCUCCCAAUGUUCUUGAUGUCUGUUUUUGCCGAUAAGGAGCAGGUGAUAGUUCUUUAUAGUCCAAUCAGGGAAGACAGAAGAAGAUCAAAUUGCAGUGUACCGUCUUGUUGCUCUAGAAACCCUUCGGCUUAACAUACCUCAACAAGCAUCUGUAGCUUUAGGAACUAUUUUCUUUGUUUCUGUUUCUGGCAACAUUCAAGCUGGUACAGUAUUUUUGAUAUGGUAGAUUUGAUCGUUAUCUGGGCAUCAUUGACAUCAUUGGAGCUAGUGCAGUGUUUGAUCAGUGAAAUUUCUAUUAAAAUUCAGAGGAGUGUUCUUUUUCUUGCAUGAUAGUGUGAUUUGAGAAAUUGGAAUUUUAAAAAUUUUGGUUGCUGGGGACCUCAGAAGAUAAGAUCAUGGAAAAUCAUUGAAAUAGGCAAUGAGUGCGGGGACAUGGUGCAUGGACAGGAGAACAGUUGCUGGUCCGUUCCCUUCUUGGAACAGUUCUACUGUAAACUAAGUGAAGCUUUUUUGUUGGUGAAAGGAACCCACAUUUCUGAUUCCAGGAUUCCGUGCGAUGUCUCGCUGCUUUCCAUUUCCGCCACUGGGAUAUGAAAAGAAGGCCAGGACUGAUGAAGCAGAUAUUCUAGCAAAGGAGAAGCACAAAGAGAAAAAACAUAAGAAUGAGAAGAAGGACAAGGAGAAGAAAGAGAAGAAGGACAAGGAGAGAAGCAAAGAUAAACAUAAGGAAAAGAAAGACCGAAAGGAAAAACACCAAGACAAGAAGAAGGACAAGGAUAGGGAUAAAGAUAAAAACAAAACCUCAGAUGAGAAAAAGAUUGAAGGGCAACCUGGGGUCUACAAUGGAGAGAAGAUUGACCAGAACAGCCAGCGGGAUGAAGACAUCAAUGGUUCUAAAUUUGUGCAGGACUUGGGUGGGAGGAUCAGAGAUGCAGAAAAAGGGGUGGGGGUCCGAAUGCUUGAGAACUUUACUGGUACAGAACAAAAAAAAGCUGAGGUUAUGGCCAGGUUGGUGGAUAAAGAUGUUGAUAGUAAGCCUGAAGGGAGAGAGAAGAAUAAGGUCGGUGCAGAUCAAAGAAGAGCCAAGGUGGGGAUGGCCAGAGUGGUGGAGAAGGAUGUUAGCAAUAGGGCUCAAGGGAAAGAAAAAAGUAAGGAUGGUUCAAAUGGACAGAACAGCCAGCGUGGUGGACAGAAGAUUGACCAGAACAGCCAGCGGGAUGGGGACAUCAAGGAUUCUAAAUUUGUGCAGGACUUGGACAGGAGGAUCAGAGAUGCAGAAAAAGGGGUGGGGGUCCAAAUGCUUGAGAACUUUACUGAUACAGAGCAAAGAAAAGCUGAGGUUAUGGCCAGGUUCGUGGAGAAAGAUGUUGACUGUAAGCCUGAAGGGAGAGAGAAGAAUAAGUUCGCUGCAGAUCAACGAAGAGCCGAGAGGAUGGCCAGAGUGGUGGACAAUGUUGUCAGUUGGGCUGAAGGGAAAGAAAAGAUUAAUAAUGACAUGGAUCAACGGGAAGCCGGCGGGAUGGUCAGAGUGGUGGAGAAUGCUGUCAAUUGGGCUGAAGGGACAGGAAAGAAAAGGGAAAAGAAAAAUGCAACAACAACAAAAAACUCAGGCUUAUCCCAGCUUAAUGGGGUCAGCUAUAUGGAUCUGUGCAAAAUGGAGAAAAAUGAUGAUAGAAAAGCUGAUGUACAAAGAAAUGGAGAUGAAGGAAGAAGUGCAGGACAUGCAAAAUUUCAGAUCACCAGACUGGAUCAACAAAGAGUUGAAGGAAUGGUCAAACCAAUGGAGAAGGAUGCGAAGAAGAGACUGGAAGGGAAAGAAAAGAAAAAAAACAAGGAAGGCAGGGAAAAAAAGGGGGAUAAGAACAAGGAGAAAGAUCGAAAGAAGGAAAGCAAAGCAAAGGGUAAAGAUAGGAGCAAACAGAAGGAGGAGAAAGCGAAGGAGAAAAGUGACCACAAAAACAGGGAGCAGGAUAAAUUGAAAGAAAACAGCAAGUCCUCUGCAAACAACACCAUCAGCAUUAAAACAUCAACAUUAAACUCUUCCAAGGAGAGUAACAAUAAUUCUGAUAUUGAUGGAAAUCUCAAGAAAAGAAAAGAAAGAGAGAUGAAUGGGUUCUCACAUGGGAGUGACAUUCGGCCAGAUAAAUUACCAAGACCUGCCUCAUCCUCUCACCUGUUAGCGGAGAAUGGAAAGAAAGUUGAACCAUGCCAACCUGCUAUGCAGUUUACUUCUGAUAAGAAGGGGCUACCGAAUAACUUUAAGGCAGAGCAUAAGGAACACGAAGUCAACGGUCUAAUAGAAACUCAACAAGUUUCUGUUUGCUCGACAAAGCGGUUCCCCAUUGGACAAGCAAUUGAGAAUGGUGAAACUUCAUUGAAAGUGCCGCAUCCUGAUUUGGAGUAUCUAAGCCAGAUUCUUUCAGUAACCCAAAUGGAGGAACUGUCUGAUUUUGACGACCAGGAAUGGCUGUUUAGCAGUGACAGUCUCCAAUCAAAGAAUCCCAAGGUGGGAUCUUCUGUGGCUGACGAGACCCCACAGGUGUGGGCUGAAGCAUUGCGGAUAGAGUCAGCUGAUGUUUGUGCUCUGCCAUAUGUCAUUCCAUACUGAGAGUACUUGUUGGAUUGGAUGGCAUUCUUCCAAUUCUUCCCCACCACUGAAGGCCCCAAAUAUAUCCUUCAGGAAUGUAAAGCGGCAUAUGGAUCUCAGAGUUGGGUUGUUGGUUUAUCAUGAUGCUUUCUCCAGUUAUUGUGCUUCCUGUUCUUUCAGGAUAUGCAUUCAACCAUCUGUUGCAGUAAGUAUUGAUUGUGUGUGGCUAUGUUUUCUUGGAAUUCUUUUAUAUGGAAUUAAAUGUGUCGCACACAUUUCAUGUAUGCAUUCCACCAUCUGCUUGCUCCAUUAGGUUGGUGCAUCUUUGCAGCUUGGUAUGAGGAAGAGAUUUUUACCCCCUCUUCUGUAAGUAUUAAUUCAUGAGAACCUUUCCUUAUGUACCCACCGGAAGGUAUUGUCACGUACUGCAAGAUCCAAAAUCUCCAGGUUGAUUGUAGAGGGGAAAAAAAGGGUUGAAAAGAUGCUAAUUUGUGCAUUUUUUAUGUUUGUUUCUUUAAGCUAAAAGGCUCUUCUAAUAGAGUGGUCUUGGCUGCACCACCACAAAAUUUUGAUUUGUAACAUAUACAUCUUAUUUACAAGAAAUGUACAAUAGAGGGAAAAAGAAAAGAGGCAGUUCCAUUUGUUUA